AUGGCGCCCGUACAACGGCUAGCGAACACUAUCCUCCCCACAAGAUCGAUUUCCGAUCUUGCCACCAAGAUCCUCCCGCGCCAGGCCUCGACGACCACCAUCGUUGCCACGACCGAGACCACCUCCGGCGGCACGGUCCUUAGCGGCGGCGCCAUUGCCGGCAUCGUCAUCGGCUCCAUCGCCGGCUUUCUGCUGAUCCUGUGGCUCCUCCGGUCGUGCACGAACCUGGGGAGCCCGGGCCUCUGGGGCAGCACAUUCGGGUCGCACGACGAGAAGCCGCCGAAGACCUCCGAGCCGGCCUACCUAUACACUCAGGAGACCAGAGGCGGCCACCGGCACGGCCACCAUCACCACCACGGCCACCGGUCGCGGUCCAGGCACUCGCACUAUGAUCGCAGUCCACGCCGCAGCGUAGAGGUGCGCAACGUGACGACUACGAGGCCAGUGUACACCGAGCGUGGGCGUAGUCCCCGGGCGCCGCAGCCCACGUACCACGCACGGGACGCGCGCGAUGCGAGACGGGAGCGCCGCAGCAGCAGGACUUAUUAUGGAUAG